AUGACACAUUUGGUGGAAGGCACUUCGGUGCUCGAUGGCUCGUGGCAAUUACCAAUUCUUGUCACCGAUAUGAACAUCCAAAGGUACGGUAUCUUUAUAUUAUAAAAAAGUUCAAUAUUUUCACUACCCUCUUUCUAAAAUCUUUCCAAAUCCUACUUAAUUUCAGAAACAUUUUUGUGCGCGGCGAUUUGCACAUCGGAGGUCUUAUGCUUCAACUUGUAAAUGAAGUUGGUGAGUCUUUUUCAUUUUUUAUGCAUUGAGAAUUUCCUUUUAUGAAAAAAGGGUUGACUUUAUCGAUUGAUGAUCCAAAAACAUUUUGAUGAUCAGAUGAAAAAUUGAGGAUGGGUGGGAAAUAGUGUAAAGUGUUGGUUGUUUUUGAGGGGGCGAGAGUGUGGGAGACGAGAAGAGCUUUUUAGUUGAAACAGUAAAAAUGGCCUCAAAGAGUUAUGAUGUUUCAGAAAAAAAUUGAGAUGAAAAAAAAAAUUGAUUCUUACAACACUUUUGAGAACGAUUUUCAAAUCUAUUUAUAAAGCUCAUACAAUCAAAGAAAUUAUAUUCAACUUUUGUAGAAAAAAUACUCAAACGGCGUUCUUUAUUCAUUUUUUACUCAAACAAACAAAGAAAAUAAAAUAAUUUUUUUUUCAAAACAAUGAUAAUUGGGAAUUUGCGCUCUAUUGCAAACAUCCCAUAUUUUUGUAAUUUUAAAAAUGUAAACUUUUUUGUAGAUCUUGCUCGAGAUUGGUCUGAUCAUGCUCUUUGGUGGCCAGAAAAACGUCGAUGGCUUCAACACACCCGUUCCACUCUCGAUCAAAAUGGUAUCACUGCUGAAACUCAACUCGAAUUCACUCCAAUGCAUAAAGAUGCCAGAAUCCAACUACCUGAUUUGCAAAUGAUUGAUGCUCGUCUCGAUUUUUCAGUUAAUAUUGUCAAAGCUACUGCGAAACUUUGUCGAGAUAUUGGAAUUCGACAUUCUGAAGAGCUUUCGUUGAAGCGGUAUAUUCCACCAGAUGUUCUUCGAAAAGGAACUUCAGAUGCUGACAAUCUUUCUGGUCCACAAGCAAUUCGACCUGGAGAAGAAUCAAUUGGACCAAUGACACUUCGAAAGGCGACUCCAAUUUUUGCAUCUCAAUCUAAUCUUGAUAUGCGUCGCCGUCAACAAUCACCAGCUCUCUCAUCAACUGGUCAUAUUUUCAAUUCAAAUGAAAUGGGAACAUUGCCACGUCAUGGAACUCUUCCACGUGGAGUUAGUCCAUCUCCAGGCGCUUAUAAUGAUACAAUGAGAAGAACACCAAUUAUGCCAAGUAUCAGUUUUAGUGAAGGAUUGGAAAAUGAGCAAUUCGAUACAGCUUUGGUUCAUUCGCCAAGAAUUGCAGCCACUCGAGAUACUCCAGUUUUUCGACCACAAAAUUAUGUUGAAAAGGCUGCAAUUAAUCGAGGAUGGCUUGAUUCGAGUCGAUCAUUAAUGGAACAAGGAGUUUUUGAGGGUGAUAUUGUUCUUCUUCGAUUCAAAUAUAUGUCAUUUUUCGAUUUGAAUCCAAAAUAUGAUCCAGUCAGAAUUAAUCAAUUAUAUGAGCAAGCAAAAUGGAGUAUUCUUUUGGAUGAACUUGAUCAUACUGAAGAAGAAGCUACUCUUUUUGCUGCUCUUCAACUUCAAGCAACACUUCAGCGAGAUUCUCCUGAACCUGAAGAUUCUGGAAAAGAUGAUGUUGAUCUUCUUCUUGAUGAACUUGAACAAAAUCUUGAUGCCGCUGCUUUGAAUCGUCGAAGUGAUCUUACUCAUGUUCCUGAACUUGCUGAUUAUUUGAAAUAUAUGAAACCGAAGAAAUUAGCAGCAUUCAAAGGAUUCAAGAGAGCAUUUUUCUCAUUCCGUGAUCUCUAUCUCACAUACCAUCAAUCUUCUUCUGAUGUCAAUUCACAACCUCUCGGACAUUUUUCACUAAAAGGUUGUGAAGUUGGUCAAGAUGUUUCAGUGAAUCAACAAAAAUACCACAUCAAAUUACUUGUUCCAACUGCUGAAGGUAUGACCGACUUUAUUUUGAAAUGCGAUUCCGAACAUCAAUAUGCAAGAUGGAUGGCUGCUUGUAGACUUGCUUCAAGGGGUAAAUCAAUGGCUGAUGCUUCAUAUCAACAAGAAGUUGAAAGUAUUCGAAAUCUUCUCAAAAUGCAGAGUUCAAAUGGAAAUGAAAAUGGAACAUUAAAUCGGAAAGCAACAGCUGUAAAACUUCCAUCUGAUUUUAAUGUAGACGAAUAUGUAUCAAAUCGAUAUGUAAAACGAGCAAGAACAAAACAAACGGUUAGUUAUUUCUAAUUUUGAAAAAUUGAAGAAAUAAAAAAAAGUUUCAGCUUCAACAACGAAUUUCCGACGCGCAUGGAAAUGUGAGACAACUCACAUCCACUGAAGCAAAACUACAGUAUAUUCGAGCAUGGCAAGCACUUCCAGAACACGGUGUUCAUUAUUUCAUUGUUCGGUUUAGAAAUGGUAGAAAAGCUGAUUUGGUUGGAGUUGCUAUAAAUCGUCUAGUAAAAAUGAAUUGGGAUAAUGGAGAAAGUAUCAAGACUUGGAGAUUUGCCAAUAUGAAAAAAUGGCAUGUAAAUUGGGAAAUUCGUCAUCUAAAGAUUCAAUUUGAAGAUGAAGAUAUUGAAUUCAAACCAUUAUCUGCUGAUUGCAAGGUUCGUUAUUAAAUUUUUCGGAAAAAUUUUGACUGAAUCUGAUUGUGAGGAUAGGCUACUCAUUUUUAUGUCCUGAAUAUAUAUUUAAAAUGUGCAAAAAAUUCAGAAUUUUUCUGAAAAAAAAUCAAAUCUAUUCUGAUUAAUUCAAAAAGUUUGGUAAUUUUUUGCCGAUUCAGAAAUUCAAAAAAUCUUGCCUUAUUCCUCGGGGUUGAUUCUAAAUCUACCAUUAAUCUAAGGAUAGGUUUCUCACCUUUUUAUAUCUGAAAAUCCACACAAAACUGAUAUCCCAAAAAACUUCAUACAUAUUUUCCAGGUUGUUCACGAAUUUAUCGGAGGUUACAUUUUCCUUUCAAUGCGUUCAAAAGAACAAGCUCAAAAUUUGAACGAAGAACUCUUCCACAAAUUAACUGGUGGUUGGGCAUAA